UGCUUUUCCCGCACCACACUCCCGACUUUUAAUGGGGACUACCUGUAUUGGUGGAUUCUUUAGCGCAAUUUACAGGGUGAGGAUGGUGUUCACACCUCACCCUCUGGGUGGCAGUUUCGUUGCGCUGAAUACUCGAGAAUUGCAUGCGAACAGCCGGUGGUUUUGCAAAGCGACCUCGGCUCAUCCAUCACAACGAGCCACAGACGCUGAGUUGUGACUGUGUUACUGUCAGCGAGACCUAUCGCUUCAUCUGUGCUCCCUUUCCGCGGAUCGGGUCAUUUCAGCUGCUGCUGCUGACUGUGCAAUCACCGCACCCACUGUUCAGAGAAUGACCUCCUGAGCUGCUGUCUGAGCGGGCAUCUGAGUGCCGGACCAUUCAAGGUGAUCACAUAGAGACAUAUCUGAUUUUCACAAUGACUGAAUUUUUGACGGCACUCGUCUAUGCCUCAGAAAAGUCUGCAAACAUCGCUCGCGCCUGCAAGCAAGAGGAAACGCUCUUUCAGCUGUUGGUCCAAGAAAAAAAAGGGAAUGAGAAAAAUAAGAAAUUUGUUAGUGAUUUCAAAACACUGGCAGAUGUAUUAGUCCAAGAAGUAAUCAAACAUGAUAUUGGAAAGAAAUUUCCAGGGCUGGAAGAUUACGUCUUUGGUGAAGAAUCAAAUCAAUUCACUAACAGUCUGGGAGAGAAGAUCAAAGUUGAAGUCUGUGCAACAGAGACAGAAACCGCAGAGCUGUUGAGCAAAGUGUUGGAUGACAAUACGUCAGCAGCCAAACUAUUAGCGAAGAUUGUUCAUCACGAUGUCUCCAUUAAAGAUCCUGCAUUGGAGAAGGUGAAAGUAGAUAUUCCCCAGGAUACCAUGGCAGUGUGGGUAGAUCCUAUAGACUCAACACUUCAAUACAUAAAAGGAUAUGCUGAUGAAAAGCCUAAAGAUGGAAUUUACUCCAAAGGCCUCCAGUGUGUGACCAUUCUGAUUGGUGUAUAUAACCGAAGUUCUGGGCUCCCCAUAAUGGGGGUCAUCAACCAGCCCUUUGUAACCCGUGAUCCAGAUAGUUUCAGAUGGAGAGGACAGUAUUUCUGGGGGCUUUCUUAUAAAGGCAUCAACAUAUGUUCACUGCAAAAUCAAGAUGUAAAUGCUACUUCUCAAUCAACUGAUGAUCAGUGUGAAGAUUCAAGGCGGAGUGAAGACCUGCAAUCUGGCAACGAUAAUUUGUCAGCUGUCAUUAGUACAAGUGAAAACGAAGCUAUCAAGACAGCAUUGUCCAUGUUGCGGUUGUACUAUGCAGCUGGUGCUGGCUAUAAAAGCCUGUGUGCUGUGCAAGGCUUUGUCAGUGUCUAUCUUUUGUCUGAGGACACCACUUUCAAAUGGGACUGCUGUGCACCUCAUGCUAUACUGAGGUCUUUGGGAGGAGGUAUGGUAGACUUUAGAGAAUGCUUGAAAAGAAUAAAAGCAGGUAAUUUGGAUGAACGUCCGGAGUUAAUCUAUAAUACACCAGUGAAUGGUGCCACUGGUGUAGACAGAUGGGCCAAUAAAGGGGGCUUAGUAGCCUACAGGUGUCCCAAGGAUUUGGACACCAUUAUGAACAUCGUUUCUAAAGUAAACCUCUGAUCAUAAUUGUUUUUAAAUUUUCUUCCCAUUUAAAAGGGCAGCUAAUAAUAUGAUAAAAUGUAUUACAAAUAUAAUACAGGUUUGGACUUCACAUGUUUUGGUUAGCAAUAUAACAAAACCAAAGGAAGUCUCGUAUUUUACGGUCAAAUUCACAGAACAAACUUCAAAGGGAGAAUAUAUAAUGCUUGUUUAAAUAAGAAUUAUGAUCACUAGCAUGGAGACAAAACUCGAAGAUUGCAAGAUGAUAGAUUUAAUUACCUUACAGCCACUAACACUAUAAAUAUAAAUAGAUAUAUGUUUUAUCACAGCAUUUCCCAAACGUCUUCCUAGUGUGACCAUAUUUUAAUGCCUCAGAUAUUGUGUUACCCCAGAGUGAAAAUGUAUGGGCUUUGAGACUUGUUGCGGGGGAGAUUUCAGCUGUUGAUCAGCCGUGGGCGAAGUAAAUUGAGUGUGGGCAGAGUUGAUGCAAAGCCAGCCGUUCCACAAGAAAUGCAACACCUACUAUUUCACAAGCUUGUUCUCUUCAGCAAACCAGGCCGUGAGAGAGCAGUCCAUUAACCCAUGGCCACCAAGAACAAAAAAAAGCGAAGAUUUAAAGGGCCGGACAUUCUGAGUCCCAUUGCAGGCAUUACUCGUGACCUCAAAAUCUUGUGUCACGACCUCACUGGGGUUACCACCCACAGUCUGCAAGGUCCUGUAUCAUGAUUAUAUGAAUUUGAUUAAAUUCAGACGCAGGCAUAAAUUUAACUGUGGCAUGACAUUUUCAGUGGCAGAAAGGGAAGUGGGCACCAUUCCGUUCUCGCUUUUUCCUCUUCCCUGCACAGUUGCAACUAUAAUUGAUAGAACUGCAAGGGUCACACUUGCGAUCAUACAACUGGGGAAGUUAAGUCCACUGCAGCAGCAGAUGGGCUAUAAAAGAGCCACCUGGACAAGCAGGGAGACAGCUCAUUAGAGCCAUAACUUUCCUGCCCAACUAUAAUUCACUUUAUUUACAUUGGCAUCAUUGUUAUUUGUGGAGAAUAGCUUACUCAGAGAACUAUAUGUACUAGCACAUCUCAUGGUUGGCACACAUUGGUUACGGUGCAAUUAGGAACAUUUCAUUCUUGUUGAAGAGAUAAUGAUGUGCUUUAUUGUACCCGUGUCCUGUUUUGAAUUCUCCAGUUUCAGCUGGCUCUCCCUUCAAUGCACUGUAAGGAAUAUUGCCUGAGAUCACUUUCAGUAGAGGUAUUUGACACGUUCUUGAUGAAUUCAAUGCCCUAUAAGAUCUCUGCCAGCCAACAACUAGAGAUAGACCAUGUGGACAGUGUUGACAUCCCCCUUUUAAGCCUCUUAUUUUCUUAUUUUGACUGAUUGUUUCACCCACCCCACCACAACCAAAAU